AUGCACCAUCACAAUUCCAAGUACUAUAAACCUGUCAAAGCUGGUGUUAUUACAUCGAACAGUGAAGGACCGGGUCUCCUGAAGCCAUUUUUCAUAUUGAGGAACCCAUUUAGCAAUUUCGCAUAUUGGGAGGGGUAUUGCAAUUUACUUAUUACUUCUUUUGAUAAGGGGACUUUUAAGUUUUCGAUUGCAAAUCUCUGUAGUUUGGGUUGUGGUUCUUCAAAGAUGCAUGAUGGCGGUAGUGGUUAUAGUCGUGGUAGUCGUGAUAAUGGUGGUGCUAGUGCUAGUGGUUGUAGUGGUGGUAGUAGUAGUAGUGGUUGUAGUGGUGGUAGUAGUAGUAGUGGUGGUAAUGGUGGUAGUGAUGGUGCUAGUGGUAGUAGUGAUUGUAGUGGUGGUAGUGGUGAAAGUGUUGGUACUAGUGCUAGUGGUGGUGGUGCUAACCCCAUUAAAGCACCAGAGUCCAGACUGCAGAUCAGUUACGGCAAAAGGAAAAAGAAAGAAAAAGAAUGA